GGAAAGUAAUAGACACCCCGGCCGCCUUGCACACACGAAUGCCUGUUUGCACAUCCCGCCCGCCCCAGCAUUGCCCAUGUCCAGAGGCUGCGACGAUCCCCGCCUCUGCCGGCCAAUCUGGGGGCCCACUCGAGGCGCAAUCCGUUCUUCCCUUGAAGCUAGCCUUGGCUGCUGCCACUGCAGUCGCCGUCCUCUGCAUGAUUGCAGCGACACGGCAGUCAUAACUUUCCGCUGUUCCGGCCUUUCUUCCUACUCUUUGGGUAGGCCGCCCGUAAGUCGAUAGCCUUCC